AACCCUUUGGGUGCAGCAUUGCGACAUUUGCAUGGACUGGAACAAGCCUCGUCCCACCGCACAUACCGCCUCUGUCCUAUCGUCGCGCAUUAUGAGAAGCUGCACCGUGCCUCGAUCACGCCUGACGCUGGCCGCGGUCGGCUUCAUGCUUGUCUGCCUGGGAUACUGGCUGGGCUCGAUGGCGCCGCGCGCUGGCUUUGGCGGCCGGUUCUCGCCGCAUCUGGACUCGGCGGCCGUCUGGAGUCCCGAUGGUGUCGCGCAUCCCAAGGGUGCUGCUGCUGCUGUUGUUGCUGGUGGCGGUGGUGGUGGUGGUGGUGGUGGUGGGCUGCAGGACGGCGUGGCUUCGGCCGAGGACUUGUCGUUCAUCCCGUACCCGCGAACUGCUCCACUGCGAACGCCUGGCGAGGUCCGAUUCCGCAUUGGCAUGGUGGCUGAUCUCGAUCAAGCUUCGCGCAGUCCCGAUGACGAGGAGUGGCACAGCUUCUUGGUCCGAGGCUACCUCGUCUUCCAUUCUGACACGAACAAGUACAGCGUUGAGAUUGACCCCAAGCCCGCCGCGCGACUCACGUCCCGCUAUGCCGAGAAGGGUCGCGGAAUGGAGCUCUCGGAGCUCGUUGCCUUCCACGGACGCCUUUUGGCGAUGGACGACAGGACGGGCAUCAUCUUUGAGCUCGUUUUGCGAAACGAGGAAGAUGGCACCGGCAUCCACGUCCACACGCCCGAUGAAGAGGCCGCGCUGCGGGAGCAGGCUCUCAAGCUGGCGCACGAGUCUCACUUUGCAGACCAUUUGUUCUACCUGACACCUGCAAUGCUGAAAGGAAGUGGCGCCGGCAGCGGCAAGAGCGACUUUUCCGUGGAGGUUGUCCCGCGCUAUGUGCUUUCGGACGGUCCUGGCGAUGCGUCAAAGGGCUUUAAAGCAGAGUGGGCUACCAUCAAGGACAACCGGUUGGUGGUGGGUGGCCUGGGCAAAGAGUGGACGACGGGCAAGGGCGUCGUCGUGCACACCCACCCGCAGUGGAUUAAGCAGAUUGACGGCACUGGCAGGAUUCGACACCUGGAUUGGAAGCCAUUCUACGAUGCGAUGCGAGCGAGCACGGGCACGUCCUUCCCGGGCUACCUGAUCCACGAGUCGGCCGUCUGGAGCCCCCUGCAUCGACAGUGGUACUUUUUGCCUCGGCGAGCAAGCUCCGAACCCUAUGACGAAGUGCAGGACGAGCUUCGUGGCACCAACUGGCUGCUGGCGGCGGACGAGCGGUUUGAGACAAUCACGCGCACCGAGAUUGGGCGCGUCGAGCCUCGACGCGGGUUUUCGUCCUUCAAAUUUGUCCCGUACACGGACGACAAUGAGAUUAUUGCCAUCAAGACGGAAGAGGUUGCCGGCAAGCUGUCGAGCUACGUGACCAUCUUUACCAUUUACGGUGAAGUCCUCCUGCCCGACACGCUGAUUGCGCUCGAUGCCAAGCUGGAAGGCAUUGAGUUUAUUUGAGCGGGGACUCCGGUGACAAGCGAGUUGUAAUUUUUUUUUCACGCAAUGUGCAUUUUUCAGUUUUAUUUGUUAAAAAGCUUUGUUUUAUUCUGAGCCAGCUCAGAUUUCAC